AUGGAUGAAGUAAUCACAGAAAAUAUUCCUGUUAUUGAUCAAGAAAAUCAACAAAAAUUCCUCGAAAUAGCUAUUCGUCGACUUAUUCGAAAACUUGAUAGACGACUUCUUCCAUAUCUAUAUCUCCUCGAACUAGCAUCAUAUAUCAUUCGAACUAAUAUUGGUCAUGCAACACUAAUGGGUAUUAAUGAUGAUCUACAUUUAUCACAAUCUCAAAGUGAAUGGGCAGUUUCACUCUAUUUUCUAGCCUAUUUAAUAUUUGAAAUGCCUAAUAUACUUCUUAUGCGAUAUCUUGGACCAGCUCGUUAUCUACCAUUGAGUAUGCUUGCAUGGGGUGGUAUUACUAUUGGUAUGGCUUUUGUUAAAAAUGCUCAAGCACUACUUCCUCUUCGAUUUUUUCUCGGCAUUGCUCAAGCUGGUUAUUUUCCUAGUAUUAUUAUAUAUAUUUCAUUGUGGUAUCGUAAACGAGAUCAUACAAUGAGAAUAGGUAUUAUUUAUAGUGCUGCCAUUAUUUCUGAAGCAUUAAGUAGUAUUAUGGCAUAUGGUUUUAGUAAAAUGAAUAAUGUUGGUAGUUUACAAGGUUGGCAAUGGAUGUUUUUAUUUGAAGGUUUACCAAUGAUUCCGCUUGGUAUUAUAACUGGUCUUUUUCUUAGUAAUAUACCUGAUACUGUACAAUGGUUGAAUAUUGCUGAAAAACAUCUCCUAACAAAUAUUCUUCGAAAUGAUACAAUCAUAACUAAUAAUCCAGACGCUCACGUUUCUUGGAAACAAAUUCUUCAUGUUUUUACUGAUCGACAUAUCUAUUUGUAUGCAUUGAUAAGUAUGGGUAAUUUAGGUAUUAUUAAAUAUCUAUCAACAUCUCUCCCAUCAAUUGUACAAGAUAUGGGUAGUUCAUCUGAAAAUGUACAUUUAAUGACAGCACCACCUUAUGUUUUUGCAUUUCUUGCUUGUUUAUUAGUUAAUUAUUCAGCAUCACGAAAUAAUGAACAUGGUUUUCAUUUGAUAUUUGGUCUAUCUUUUGCUCUACUUGGUUUUAUUCUUACGAUUACUUUGAAUAGUCAAAGCCAUACAGCAUUAUAUAUUAGUAGUUGUAUAACUUGUUGUGGUGUAUUCUCAGCGUUUCCUGUAUUACUUUCAUGGGCAACUAAAAAUGUUGAUGGUCAUACUAAAAAACCAGUCACUCUUAGUUUUAUUAUAGGUAUUGGUCAACUUGGUGGAAUUAUAUUACCUCUUACGAAUGAUAAUAAACCAACACGCGGACGUAAUGAUUAUAUUUGUCUUGGAGCGCUUGCUGCUAGUUUAUUUUUUACAAUUAUUCUACGUAUUUCAUUGAUGAUAGAAAAUCGUCGACGAAGUAAAUUAUCACCAGAUGAGUAUAAUAAUGAAACGUCUAUCAAAGAACCUUGUGAUUGGCAUCCCGAUAUACGUUAUGCUUUGUGA